AAAAUAGCUUCAGCCGCGCUCUCAUCGGAAAUUCGGGGUCGUCGCUAUUUCAGUUUCACCCUGACGCCGAGAGGUAGUACAUAGUGGUGGCACUCGAACGCGAGUAAAUGCAGCAUAGGUACACAUGAGGAUUUACAGUGGAAUCAAGCCUUAUGAAUGUUGAAUAUGGGAAAGAAUGUACACAAUCAAGUAGUCUGCAGACACACAUGAGGAUUCACAGUGGAAUGAAGCCUUUGGGAUGUGUUCAAUGUACAAUCAACAAGUAAGGAGAGAGAGAAAUGAGGAUUCACAGUGGAAUGAAGCCUUAUGAAUGUGUUGCAUGUGGGAAAACAUUUUCAUAUUCAAGUAAUCUUCAGAAACACAUGAAGAUUCACAUUGGAAUCAGGCCUUAUGAAUGUGUUGAAUGUGGGAAAACAUUUACAGAAUCAAGUAGUCUGGAGAGACACAUGAGGAUUCACAGUGGAAUAAAGCCUUAUAAAUGUGGUGAAUGUGGAAAACAAUGUACACAGUCUAGCAAUCUUCAUGCACACAUGAGGAUUCACAGUGGAAUCAAACCUUAUGAAUGUGUUGAAUGUGGGAAAAAAUUUACACAGUCAAGUAAUCUGAAGGCACACAUGAAGAUUCACAGUGGAAUCAAAUCUAAUCAGUGCAUUGUGUGUGAGAAAACAUUUACACUGUCAGGUGAACUUCAGAGACACAUGAGGAUUCACACAGAAAUGAAGCCUUAUGAAUGUGUUGAAUGUCGGAAAACAUUUACACAAUCAAGUAGUCUGCAGAUACACAUGAAGAUUCACAGUGGAAUCAAGCUUUAUGAAUGUGGUGAAUGUGGGAAACAAUGUACACAAUCUGGUAAUUUGAAGGCACACAUGAGGAUUCACAGUGGAAUGAAACCGUAUGAAUGUGUUGAAUGUGGGAAAACAUUUACACAAUCUACUAAUCUGCAGACACACAUGAGAAUUCACAGUGGAAUGAAGCCUCAUGAAUGUGUUGAAUGUGGGAAACAAUUUACACAAUCAAGUAAUCUGCAGACACACAUGAGGAUUCACAGUGGAAUGAAGCCUUAUGAAUGUGUUGUAUGUGGGAAACAAUUUACACUGUCUGGCAAUCUGCAGACACACAUGAGGAUUCACAGUGGGUUCAAGCCUUAUAAAUGUGUUGAAUGUGGAAAAACAUUUACACAAUCAAGUAGUCAGCAGAGACACAUGAGGAUUCACAGCGGAAUCAAGCCUUAUGAAUGAGUUGACUGUGGGGAAAAAAAUUACACAUUCAAGCACUCUUCAGGAACACUUGAUGAUUCACAGUGGAAUCAAUCCUUAUGAAUGUGUUGAAUGUAGGACAGAAUUUACACAUCAGAAACACAGGAGGAUUCACUGUGUAAUCAAGCAGUGAAGACUGGUCAGUGUGUUGGGUUUGGGAAAGGAUGCACACCUGUAGACACCCUGUAGAAACACAUAAGUAGUCAAAGUGGAAUCCUGUCUUAGCAAUGUGUUGAAUGUGGGAAAACAUUUGCACUUUCAGAUACUCUUAGCCAGUAAACACUUCAGAGGAUUCGCAGUGGAAUCAACUGGUUGUUCGGUUUUAGUGUUAUGUAUACAUUACAGUGCAUAUAUUUCA